GCACUUCCGCUGAAGCUGCUCAGCAGCUGGACAGAAACCCGGAGCCGGUACCGUGAGGCGGACAGGGUGGACUCUGACCUACCAGAGUCAGGGAAAUGGCCUGCACUCUGCUGGAGUUCUGCCGCUUCCAGGACCUUAAACCAGUCCGGGAUUUCCUAUUCCCUCAGCAACGGGAGGAGAAAAAGAGCCCCGAUAAUUUAACCAGCUGGGAGACGGAGGAUUGGGGAGCCUGGGAGGAGAAUGAGAGCCAAGCGCCUGCAGAAGAAGAAGUCGCGAGCAAGCCUGAGAACGCCUACUGGUUGCAGGACUGCGUGCUGUCCCUGUCGCCCACCAGCGACCUCAUGGUGAUCGCCCACGAGCAGAAAGCCGUGUUUCUGGCACCAAAAUGGAAAGCAAACGAAAAGGGAAGAGAGGACAUGCAGUACGAGGUGGUCUGGAGCGGGGCUUUGAAUGUCGAAGACAGUGAGUAUAUCAGCAGCGCCCUGUGCAUCCCGCUGGCCAGCCAGAAGAGGAGCUCCACCGGCCGGCCUGACUGGACGUGCAUCGUCAUCGGGUUCACGUCGGGUUACGUGCGGUUUUACACCGAGAGCGGGGUGUUGCUUCUUGCUCAACUUUUAAAUGAGGACCCCAUCCUUCAACUUAAAUGCAGAACCUAUGAGAUACCCAGACACCCCGGUUUAACAGAGCAGCAUGAAGAAAUGAGCAUCUUGUACCCGUCUGCUGUGGUCACCAUCGAUGGCUUCAGCCUUUUCCAGUCGCUCAGGGCUUGUCGUAAUCAGGUAGCCAGAGCUACAGCUUCAGGCAACGAGAACGUCCAACCUCCACCGCUGGCUUACAAGAAGUGGGGCCUUCAGGAUAUUGACAAUAUCGUAGACCAUGUCAGUGUUGGUGUCAUGGCUUUAUCUCCGUUUGAUCAGAUGAAGACUGCCUCCAUUCUAGGAGGUUUUAAUGCCUCUAUAAAAGGGAGUCCCCCCACCAUGUCUCAACAUAUCACCGUGGGCUCCAACCCGUUCACCGGCUUCUUUUUUGCUCUGGAGGGAAGCACUCAGCCAUUAUUGUCUCACGUGGCUCUUGCCGUGGCCAGUAAACUCACUUCUGCCCUCUUCAGUGCUGCCAGUGGGUGGCUCGGGUGGAAGAGCAAACAUGAAGAGGAGCCUCAGCCGAAGCAGAAACCCAAGGUCGAGCCGGCCACGCCACUAGCCGUGCGGUUCGGCCUCCCUGACUCGAGGCGCCACGGAGAAAGCAUCAGUCUCUCCCCCUGUAACACCUUGGCAGCCGUGACAGAUGACUUCGGCAGGGUGAUAUUACUGGACGUGGGCAGAGGAGUUGCGGUUAGAAUGUGGAAAGGUUACCGGGAUGCCCAGGUCGGCUGGAUGCAGAUAGUAGAGGAUUUGCAAGAUCGGGAGCCAGACAGAGGUCAUCCGGCUCCAUUCGGAAACACGCAGGGACCUAGUAGGGUCGCGCAGUUUCUGGUGAUCUACGCGCCAAGAAGAGGAAUCCUGGAAGUGUGGAGUACGCAGCAGGGGCCGCGAGUCGGGGCCUUUAAUGUGGGAAAGCACUGCAGGCUGCUGUACCCAGGGUACAAAAUAAUGGGGUUAAACAACGUGACGAGCCAAGGCUGGCAGCCGCAGACCUUCCAGAUAUGUCUGAUAGACCCGGUGUCUGGGAGCGUUAGGACCGUUAAUAUCCCGUUCCACCUGGCACUAAGUGAUAAAAAGUGUGAACGAGCAAAAGACCUGCACUUGGUGAAGAAACUUAAAACAAUUUUGAAAGCAAAAGUCCCAAAUCAUGAACGCCUGGAGGCAGAAGUCAAGGAAAUCAUUUUAGACAUUAAAUACCCAGCAACCAAGAAACAGGCUUUGGAAAACAUACUGGCGAGCGAGCGCAUGCCCCUCUCCUGUCUGACGAGCAUCACCCAGACUUUAAUGGAUCUGCUUAGAAGUCAAGAGCUGGAGGCUGUAGAUGAAGGGCUGCUGACUUUCUGCGAGGACAAACUGAAACUUCUGCAACUCUACGAAUCCGUAAAGCGAAUCAAUUCAGUGACGACCGAGGACGACGUUCCACCGACCGAAACAGAGCUUGCCGCCCUGUUAAGGCUGGAUGAGGAGGAGUUCACCAGGCUACAGACGUUAAUCAAGAAUUACAAGCAAGACUACACUAAAAGCGGGGUGCGCUUUGCUGACGACGAAGACGGGGUGUUACCAUUGAAGACAUUUCUCGAGUAUCUGGAAUGCAACAAGAACUCCAUUAAUGUGAAGAAGAUCGGCGAAGAGGAUUAUAUAGCUUUAGGUAGCUUCUUCUUCUGGAAGUGUCUGCACGGAGCGUGUUCUGCGCAGGACAUGUGCCACGCGUUGGAGUUGGCCGGCCUCGGCCCCCAGCUUCUGCUGUCUCUGCUGCUAAAAGUGUGGCUGUCCAAGGAGCGAGAAAUCCUGGAGAAUACGCAGUCCCUGCGCUGCCUCCACCGCACGCUGUCUCUGCUGAGCUCAAUGAAAGUGGCCAUAGACGAGUCCUGGGACCUGCAGGCAGUCUCCCCCUGGUGGCAGCAGAUGCGCACAGCGUGUGUUCAGUCCACACAUAACGGAGCCGCCCUGCUGUCUGCUCACGUCGGCCAUUCGGUGGCGUCCUCCAUCACCAACGCUCUGGCUGAGAAGAAGUUCCAGAAAUCCAUGCAGGAGGACGAUGGAGAAUCCAUGACGGACUCGUGGGAGGCGCUGUCUCUGGACACCGAGCACUGGAAGCUCCUUCUGAAGCAGCUGGAGGACUGCUUGAUCCUCCAGACCCUGCUACACUGCAAAACGGCCAGAAAGAGCUCAAAAAUAUCCUCCCUACAGGUGGAGCCGCUCGGGAAGCUCUCCGUCAAGAAGUUACUCAAAGGAGGGAAAGGGGUUGUCGCCGACACCGUGGCUAAGUGGGUCUUUAAACAGGACAUCAGCCCCGACCUUCUGAAACUGGCCAGGCGGACGAAAAAAGACCAAGAAAAUACAGAAGAGUCGGAGGCGUCGGGCGACACGGCCGCUCACGGUGAACCAGAGUCAACAGAGGCCGUGGAAGGAAUUCAAGAGGUGCUGAGCGUGGCUUCCGGUCACUUCCCAUGCAGCCUGGACCUGGAUGUGCUACAUGCCCACUGCUGCUGGGAGUACGUGGUUCAGUGGAAUAAAGACCCAGAGGAAGCGCAAUUCCUCGUUCGUUCUGUCGAUCACUUGAAGCUCAUCAGUAAUGCUCACGUGCAGUUUGGGCUGACCUUGAUGAUGUGGAACACUUUUAUUAUAAAACGGUUUUCCGCCGCUGCGUAUCUAAUGGACAAGGUUGGAAAAGCCCCAAAGGACAGGUUAUGUAGAAGGGACGUCGGGAUGAGCGACGCCGCGAUGACCACGUUCCUCGGAAACUGCACGGAUCUCAUCCAGACGAUGAUGGAGGCCGACGUGGGCAGCGAGGAGAUGCAUGCGCCGAUACUGGAGCUGGAAGAUGCCUGGGUGUCGGUGGAAGGCCCCAGUUCCAUAGUGGAGCUGGCCCUGGAGCAGAAGCACAUCCACUAUCCACUGGUGGAGCACCAUUUUGUUCUUUGCGCCAUCUUGUACGCCGUCAUGAGGUUUUCUCUCAAAUCAGUCAAACCUCUUGCGCUGUUUGACAGUAAGGGUAAGAACGCAUUCUUCAAAGAUCUCACAUCGAUUCAGCUCCUGCCGAGUGGAGUCAUGGACCCCAGUAUAGUAAACCUCAGACAACAGUUCUUGAUGAAGCUGGUCAGUGCCUUCGUGCAGAUCCUGAGUCCGGGUCAGCAACCUGCUGAGGCAGAAGCUCUUCCCGACGUCCCGGAGAAGCAGGUGGACUGGCCGGCCCUGGCUACGGAGCUGGCUAAACAGCUCCAGGUGAACGAAGAUACCGUAUGGAGACACUACGUUUGUGAGCUCUACAGUUACGGGUUGGACCACAUCGCGGAAGAGGCCAUUCUCCAAGUGAUGGACCUGGAAGUGCUGGCAUCUCAGCUCUUGGUCCUCACCGGCCAGAGGCUGGCGUUUGCUUUACUGCGAACUCAAACAAAGGAAGGCAUGGAGCUGCUGGCCAGGCUCCCCCCAACGCUCUGCACCUGGAUCAAAGCUAUGGACCCUCAGGAUCUUAAGAACACGGACGUGCCGAUCAAAACUACCGCCAAGCUAGUGGACAAGGUUGUAGAACUUUUACCCGAGAAUCACGGACAAUACAGCCUGGCCUUGAACCUCAUAGAAGCCGUAGAAGCCAUGUCUCCGUCGUGACUUCGCCGCGUUUCUGCAUCCAGAUUCCGGGGCACCGCAGGUGUCGUCCCUGAUAUACCGGUUACGGUUCAGGGCCUUCAGGUCUUUGUAAAAUAAGCAGCAAUCACGUCACCGUUAGAACGCCAUUUGUAAUUAAAACAAUCAUUGUGGAGUAUGUCCUGCCAUUAAAUAAUAUAUGCAAAUAUAUGCAAAAGGAGUAA